AUGCGGUGGUUCUGGUAUCCGAGAUGGUCUGCGUUUGUUGCCGUCAUUGCCCUAGGAUCCUGCAUGUACGUUCUAAUCAGCUUUACAUUCUCACGAUUUGACCAUUAUAAAGAUGUGCCUUCACCGCCGCACUCCAGGAUCCGUUUGGCGGUUCUAAGAGACACAACCUACAGCAUCGUCGACCAACAACCACCAGCUGACCUCGGCUAUUCAUUCUUUGCGUUGAACUCUCAUUAUAAUUUAUCAUUUGCAUAUUAUAAAAACUGGGUCGGCUUUCCAGAUUUCCAGACUGUGAAUUGCCAGAAGCCUCUGAAGUACCCAACCUUAAACAGACAAUACCCGACCAGGGUCAACAGAAAAUAUCCAACAGAUUUUACUGCCGAGGCAAAAGACUGUCAAGCAUUUAUUAACAACCAUGGCUUCUCCCGGUACCCUCAAGUUUCGCAAGAAGAGUUGGAUUUUCCUUUGGCAUUCAUUUUGCUGUUUCAUGCAGAUAUAGAUCAGGUUGUUUUCCUGCUCCGUGCAAUCUACCGUCCGCAUAAUGUCUAUUGCCUGUUUGUGGACACCAAAUCUAGUGUGGAUUUCUUAGAAGCUACAAGAUCAGUUGCAAGGUGCCUUCCAAACGUGUUCAUCAGCAGCAAACUAGAGAGCAUCGUCUACGCUGGUUACUCACGUCUGAUGGCGGACAUUCACUGUUUAAGGGAUCUGAUCAACCACCGUGUCAAAUGGAAGUAUGUCAUCAACAGCCCGGGACAGGCUUUCCCACUUCGAACCAAUCUGGAGAUGGUGAAAAUUCUGAAAGUGUUCAACGGAACUAACGACAUAGAAUCUAAUCCUGGAAGUGGCAGACUAGAUCACCGUUACACUUAUAGGUUUGAAUACAUUAGGAACCAAACAAAUGGAGAUGUGAUUUUGAACAAGACAACUGUAACGCAUUCGCCUCCUCCACAUAAACUAGAGAUUGUCAAGUGCAGUGUGUACGCCUGCUUGUCAAGAGCUUUCGUCGAGUUUAUCUUGACAAGCCGGAUCGCCAAGGACUUGCUGGAAUGGGCAAAACCAGUGUUCAGUCCUGAUGAGUUGUACUGGGCGACGCUCAACUUCAACACAAUCGUGCCCGCACCAGGAGGGUUCAGAGGUGUACCAAAAAACAGAACCUGGUUGGCCAGCUACUCACUGUGGGAAGGGGACAAACGGGCACAGUGUGUCACCAAGUAUGUACGAGGAAUCUGUAUAUUCACGCCAGGCGACCUUCCUAACCUGAUGAAACAGCGCGAACUGUUUGCUAACAAAUUUCACAUAGACCACCAUCCUGUGGCACUGCAUUGCUUAGACCAGCUCAUUUACAACUUGACUUUCUCAAGAGCUGUUCGCGAUAUGGACUACUAUGAAAGCCAGCACUUAGCGUCUCCGCGGAUGAGGCGGCAUUAA